GGUGAGUGCGUCGGCGAGGCGGGGCCGCCGUGUCCCUCCGCAGGCCACGGGCCUGAGCCCUGAGGGCGGCCCGGCCAGUCCGGGCGGGUUCCCAGGGCCGGAGAGCGGGGGACUCGAGGCUAAGGCCUGGGGGCCGGCCCGAGGCCUGCGCGGGGAGGGGAGGAGAGGGCUCGCCGCUCCCUGGAGACGUGGGAAGGGGCGGGCUCCGCAGCAGGUGCAUCCUCGGGUCUGUCGGGAGGGCCUCCGAGGAGGGUGAGGAAGAAGGCCCGGGCUUCCCCCGGAGGCAGGACGAGGCGGAUCGCAAGCAGUGGUCAAGCACAGCCCAUGGAAGACUGCUCUGAGGAAGUGCUGAUACAGGUCAUACAGCAGGAGUGGACAUGUUUGGAUUUCCAACAGCUACCCUGCUGGACUGUCAUGGAAGAUACGCCCAGAACGUAGCGUUUUUCAAUGUCAUGACAGAAGCACACAAGUAUGAUCAUGCUGAGGCCACAGGAUCCUCAAGCUGGGAUUUCCAGAGUUCUUUCAGAAGAGAAAAGCUGGAACAAAAAUCCCCAGAGUCUAAGACACUGCAGGAAGAUUCACCUGGAAUUAGACAAAAGGUCUAUGAGUGCCAGGAAUGUGGAAAAUCCUUCCGGCAAAAAGGAAGUCUAACAUUACAUGAGAGAAUCCACACUGGUCAGAAGCCAUUUGAGUGCACCCACUGUGGGAAAAGCUUCCGGGCCAAAGGUAAUCUUGUUACACAUCAACGAAUACACACGGGAGAAAAACCCUAUCAGUGCAAAGAGUGUGGGAAAAGCUUCAGUCAGCGAGGGAGUCUGGCCGUCCACGAGAGACUCCACACGGGACAGAAACCCUACGAGUGUGCUAUUUGCCAGAGAAGCUUCAGGAAUCAGAGCAACCUUGCCGUCCACAGACGAGUUCAUAGCGGUGAAAAGCCCUACAGGUGUGAUCAGUGCGGAAAGGCCUUCAGUCAGAAAGGAAGCUUGAUUGUUCACAUCCGAGUACACACAGGCCUGAAGCCAUAUGCCUGUACCCAGUGCAGGAAGAGUUUCCACACCAGGGGCAAUUGCAUCCUGCAUGGCAAAGUCCACACGGGAGAGACACCUUAUCUUUGUGGCCAGUGUGGGAAAAGCUUUACCCAAAGAGGGAGCCUGGCGGUGCACCAGCGGAGCUGCUCCCAGAGGCUCACCCUCUGAAUGCUUUCCUCAAAGGAAGUCUUCCUUCCAAAAGAAAAUCCUCUACAAUCAAACAGCCCAUCCGGGUCUUUGGAAUAAAUGGAGAAUCUUCCAGAAAGACCAUCACCGGGUAGGGCCAACUGACUUUUCUCCCUUCCCCAAAAUGAAUGUAAGAAAUAAAUGUCUUGUUUAUUAUCAUUA